AUGGAGACUUCGCAUAAAGACGCCGAGACGGCAGCAGCGGCGGCGGCGGUGGCAGCGGCAGACCCCCGGGGGGCGUCCUCGUCGAGCGGGGUGGUGGUUCAGGUCCGCGAGAAGAAGGGCCCUCUGCGCGCCGCCAUCCCCUACAUGCCCUUCCCCGUGGCCGUCAUCUGCCUGUUCCUCAACACUUUCGUGCCAGGACUGGGGACCUUCGUCUCAGCCUUCACUGUGCUGUGUGGGGCCCGCACUGACCUCCCAGACAGGCACGUGUGCUGCGUCUUCUGGCUGAACAUCGCAGCGGCCCUCAUCCAGAUCCUCACAGCCAUCGUCAUGGUGGGCUGGAUCAUGAGCAUCUUCUGGGGCAUGGACAUGGUCAUCCUCGCCAUUUCUCAAGGGUACAAGGAGCAGGGCAUCCCACAGCAGCUGUGA